GUACAGGUAGGGCCAUGAGGUCACAGCAGGCUCUAGGGUCACAGCAGGCUGAGGUCAGAGCAGGCUCUGAGGUCACAGAGGUCCCAGAGCCCCGUGGUUCCAGAGCACCACAACGCCCGAGCAGGCAGUCCUUGAGCACAACUGUUGCGGCAUCAGCGGCAGUAGCAGCAGUGGUGCUGACAUUGGGACAGUGGUGGCAGCAAGAGCGGCGGGACUGGCACAGGGCAAGGCAACAUGGCCCUUGCUCUGCGCCUCCUCCUCCUGCUCCUCCUGGCCGUGGCCCUGCCUGCCAGGGCUGCCCAGGCUGCUCCGCUGCAAGUGUGGGGAGCAGAUGAGCAUGCUAGGACGGCUUUUCCAUCAGCUUGGCUCCAUGAAGAUUUCCAGCCUCUUAAGUCUCGUGCAGGUGUGUCUGCAGGGAGGACUUUUCAGGCGCCUUUCCUGGUUGCUAAACACAAGCCCGGCUCCCAUCACAGGGGUCCUCCAAGAGGGAGCAACAAACCUGCAGGAAACAGUAAGGCUCUAGAGACAUCCGAACACAUGGAGAAGAUGCUGAGUGAUCUGGAGAGACACCGUGAGAUGGAUGGAGAGGCUGUGCUGAAGGCUGAGUUUCCCAGAGGAAGCAGUGGCUCAUUGGCAGCCUCUGCUGCAGGAAGGGAGGCGCUGCCAGGCACAGUCACAGGAGACUGGGACCGUGACUUGCAUCAUUUGGAAAAACUGGUAAACCAUGGUUUAAGGAUCUUGGAGUCUGGUGAAGCUAAACCUGAGGAUGAAGAGGAUCUGGAAUCCCAACCCAUACCCGUCACUGAGCAUCUGGGAGAUGCUGAGGGUGUGGCUGCAGGGGGAACUUUCCCAGGUCCUUUGGUGGAUGUUGCUCGCAAGCCCAGCUUCCAUCGCAGGGGUCCCCUGAGAAGGAAGAGCAAACAUAUAGGAAGUAGUAAAUCCCAGGAAGAAUCCAAACAUUGGGAACAAAUCCUGAGUGAUCUGGAGAGACAGUAUGAUGUAGCUGGCACCUCAACACAUGCUGACAAAAUCCGGAAAAGCAUGAGAAGAGAUUUCUGCUGGGGAACAUCUUGUUUGAUGAAGAUGAUGGCCAUUGUGGCUGGUGCAGCACUUGGCCUGAUGAUGUGCUCCGUCGGAAUCUGGUAUUGCUGGAAAAGAAAAUGGCACGACCUUGAAGAAAAGCUGAAAGCUUGUGGCUGGUACCGAGACCUCUGUGGUUGGAGAAUCAAGAACAGCAGCUUUGACACUGAUUGCAUUUUAAUUGAACCUUCAAGCCCUUUGGUGCUUUGAGGCCACAGGCCCAGACCACCAUCCAGGGCAUAAGGUGAAAGGCCCAAGAAAGGAUUUAGAAGCGCUCAAUUGAACUUUCACUGAGAGCUUGCCAAAUCAGCCCUUCUGUUGCCAUAAAGAGAAGGAGCUGUCACCCCAGUGUCCGGGUGGUUCCACCAGCAAAGCCCACCCAGCACCAGCACUGGCUGAGUUCCAUGGCCAGGAGCAGCUGUGGAUGCCCACAGUGUGGGCAGGCAGGAGCCAG